AUGGUAGUAUCCAUCAUACCGCAAUUUCCUGAUAUCAAGGUUUCACUAGCAUUGUUUGAACAGGUUAAAAAUGCUAAAGAAAUACGCUCUAAAAUGAGUGAAUUGUCGACAUCCUUUGCCUUUAUUGACCCCCGGUUAGUCUGUUCGGGGGAGCAGAUGUAUUCUGCAAUUUACAAGACCUUAAUAGAAGUGAAAUAUAACAAGAUGAGAACAAGAAAUUUGAAUUCCGAGUGCGUACUAUGUCUUUCACCCACUUCCAAUAUUAGUGAUGCUUUCCUCAAAUUCGGAAUCAAAGACGAUUCGUCACAGUUAAUAUGCCUUAAGUUCCAUACUAAUACUGACGAUGUAGACAAAGAGCAAUUGAGGACGAUUAUGACUUCUAUAGUAAAAGGACAAGAGAUCGAGUUUAAUGAUGACAAUUUAUCGAGAUUUUAUGACGAAGCGCUCAUAAGAAAAAUCUAUAAAUUAAGUGAUGAUUUCAAGCCCCAAGACGUAAAUGGUCUCUCAAGAGCUUUGGUAGACGCUAUUCAAUUGAGGGGUGUGUAG